GUGUUCCCAACUUAGAGCUGUUAUCUACUCAGAAUGGCUUAGACCUCCAAGUCGAACGAACAAACGGAACCGGUGAUUAAAGUCUAAAGCUUGUUUCGGGGCAAAAAAACAGAAUCGAAUUCUAAAGAUAGUGAAAACAAAAGAAAAUCGAAAUGAAAUAUCUCAGCAGCAGCCUGGAUUGUUUGCGUUGUGAAUUGAAGCUACGAAAUAUUGGUUUUCACCACAACCAGCUGGAUGAGUUCUAUCGAUCGAAGUGGCAAAGUGAAAAAACAUGCGUUUGGUUCCUGCUCUAUCGUUGGCUAUGGUUCCUGAUCUUUCUCACUAUUUUCCUGUUAUGUAUCUGCAAUCAAUUUGCCGAUGGAAAAUAUUUUAUUUUCUUUACAAAUUGGGGAAUUGUGGUUUGUGUCAUUACUCAGCUGUUGGCAGUGAUUCUGGCAACCCAGUGGCAUUUUAAUUUCCUAGAUGUGAGGUCAACGACAUCUGAAGUCUCCCAGACGUUGAGAACUCCAAAAAUUGUGGGCCUAUAUUGGAUGCUGCACAAUGUAACAAUGGUGGUGGCAUCGGUUAUAAGUUUCAUAUAUUGGCUGUUUUUGCAUGGAAAGAUGGAUAAACCCAUACGCUAUCCAGAGCUUACAUUCAUCACACAUUGCCUUAACUUGGUCUUCAUGCUGGUGGACUAUUUCAUUGUCGCGUUUCCGGUCCGUUUGAUGCACACCAUCUAUGCCAUGCUGUUCACCAUCAGUUUCUUUGGCUUUAGUGGCAUCUACUACCUUUGUGGCGGGACGGAUGACUAUGGCCAUCACUAUGUCUACCCCUUUCUGGAUUGGACAACACCGGUUAAAUGUGUUCGGGCAUUUUUUGGAAUUUUCUUUCUGCACUGCAUGUGUUCGGUUCUGCUAUUUGGUCUCUAUCAAGUGAAACGAUUUUUACAUAAAAUCUAUAAGGGUGAUGUUCGCCGGAACGAUGAUGGUUUAAUUUAGAUGCAGUUACCUCUCCGAUUCCCUCUCAUCACCUUUACCUUUUACAGUGUAUGUAAUUUAUUUAUUUUUUAAGGUUAGAAUAGAAGCUUGGCUUUGUAGUUAUUAGCUAUAGUCACAGGUUGUUCGUUAUGUGAAGCGUACACCUGUCUUAUUUUGUAAAGUGAGAUUUAUAAGAAAAUUGAAAAAAUAUUUAAAAAAAUAGAUC